GAGAUCUGCGCUGAUCCCCAGUUUAUCGUGGGAGGAGCCACCCGCACAGACAUCUGCCAAGGAGCCCUGGGUGACUGCUGGCUGCUGGCAGCCAUUGCCUCCCUCACCCUGAAUGAAGAAAUCCUGGCCCGCGUCGUCCCCCUAGAGCAGAGCUUCCAGGAGAACUACGCAGGGAUCUUCCAUUUCCAGUUCUGGCAGUAUGGCGAGUGGGUGGAGGUGGUGGUGGACGACAGGCUGCCCACCAAGGACGGGGAGCUGCUCUUCGUGCAUUCGGCCGAGGGGAGCGAGUUCUGGAGCGCCCUGCUGGAGAAGGCCUAUGCCAAGAUCAACGGGUGUUAUGAAGCCCUCUCAGGGGGAGCCACCACCGAGGGCUUCGAGGACUUCACAGGAGGCAUCGCUGAGUGGUACGAGUUGAAGAAGCCCCCUCCCGAUCUGUUCAGGAUUAUCCAGAAGGCUCUGCUGAAAGGCUCUCUCCUUGGCUGCUCCAUCGACAUCACCAGCGCCGCGGACUCGGAGGCCAUCACGUACCAGAAGCUGGUGAAGGGGCAUGCGUACUCAGUCACCGGGGCCGAGGAGGUUGAGAGCAGUGGAAGCCUGCAGAAACUGAUCCGCAUCCGCAAUCCCUGGGGAGAAGUGGAGUGGACCGGGAAGUGGAACGACAACUGCCCAAGUUGGAACACGAUAGACCCAGAGGAGAGGGAGAGGCUGACCAGACGGCAUGAAGACGGGGAAUUCUGGAUGUCUUUCAAUGACUUCCUGAGGCACUAUUCCCGCCUGGAGAUCUGCAACCUGACCCCCGACACCCUCACCAGUGACUCCUACAAGAAAUGGAAACUCACCAAGAUGGAGGGGAGCUGGAGGCGGGGCUCCACAGCAGGAGGCUGCAGGAACUACCCAAAUACUUUCUGGAUGAACCCCCAGUACCUGAUCAAGCUGGAGGAGGAGGAUGAGGACCAGGAGGAUGGGGAGAGCGGCUGCACCUUCCUGGUGGGCCUCAUCCAGAAGCACCGGCGGCGCCAGAGGAAGAUGGGCGAGGACAUGCACACCAUCGGCUUCGGCAUCUACGAGGUUCCGGAGGAGUUAACUGGGCAGACCAACAUCCACCUCAGCAAAAACUUCUUCCUGAGGACCCGAGCCAGGGAGCGGUCGGACACCUUCAUCAACCUCCGGGAGGUGCUCAACCGCUUCAAGCUGCCUCCGGGAGAAUACGUCCUGGUGCCUUCCACCUUCGAACCCAACAAGGACGGGGAUUUCUGCGUCCGCGUCUUUUCCGAGAAGAAAGCUGAUUACCAAGUUGUUGAUGAUGAAAUCGAGGCCAAUAUUGAAGAGAUCGAUGUCAGCGAGGACAACAUUGAUGAUGGAUUCAGGAGGCUGUUUGCCCAGCUGGCAGGGGAGGAUGCAGAGAUUUCUGCCUUUGAGUUGCAGACCAUCCUGAGACGAGUUCUAGCAAAGCGCCAAGAUAUCAAGACAGAUGGCUUCAGCAUCGAGACCUGCAAAAUCAUGGUUGACAUGCUAGAUUCGGAUGGCAGUGGCAAGCUGGGACUGAAGGAGUUCUACGUUCUCUGGACAAAGAUUCAAAAAUACCAAAAAAUUUACCGGGAAAUCGACGUUGACAGGUCUGGUACCAUGAAUUCCUAUGAGAUGCGGAGAGCCUUAGAGGAAGCAGGUUUCAAGCUGCCCUGUCAACUGCACCAAGUCAUCGUUGCUCGGUUUGCAGAUGACGAACUCAUCAUCGACUUCGAUAACUUCGUUCGGUGUUUGGUUCGACUGGAAACGCUAUUCAAGAUAUUUAAGCAGCUGGAUCCUGAGAAUACUGGCACAAUAGAGCUCGACCUUAUCUCUUGGCUCUGUUUCUCAGUACUCUGAAGUUAUGACUAAUCUGCCUGAAGACUUCUCAUGGAAGAAAACCAGCCAAGGACUAAACUGACAGAGAAAUACUUUGUUAUCUAGACCUUCAAAUUAUGGGAACAUUUCUUAAACUGAUGAUAAUAGUUGAAAAUAAUAACAGUGUCUAUUUGAGAUAGCAAAAUGUCCACAUUUAAAAGAUUUGCAUAUCAUUAUAUCAAAUGCAAGUGAGUUGCUUAAUCCCUGAUAAGCUCAAAGAAAGCUUUAGAUCUGUAAAUAGUAUAUUCACUUUUUACUUUUACACACUUCCCUGUUUAUAGCAAUAUUAAAUCAGGAACAAAUGCAGGGAGGAUUUUAUAGCUGAGCAAACAUUAAGUCAAGUCUCAAAGGACACAAGGCCCUUGCUGGAAAUAUUUAAUGCAACAGUUGUGGCGUCUACCAAACAGCAGCCCGGGGAUUCCCAUUUCCCUUGAGCAAACUGAGAAACUUGAUGCAUGAUGACGUCAUCUUUUCCCAGCAUCGAAAGCGUCUAGGUGGGGAAGCGUACCUCCACCGGUGCAUUACACAAGAUACAGGUUUCUACAGUACGGACUGGUAACAUACUCAGCCUGGGGCAUUUAGUCUCACCAACACAAGGGAUCCUUCUCAUGGUCAACUGCAACAGUACGCCAAAACCAGGCCGAAGUUGCCUCAAAACCUUGUGAACUUCACCACUGGUGUUUGUGCACGGAGUUAGGGAGGGCAUUGCUUAGGAGUGCUUGUGGAAACAAGCGUGUGUCCAGCUUGACCUUGGGGAAAUGCUUGCAACAUUACAUACUGCCUUGUUGCCUUAUCUUCUUCUAGAUGGACUGUUAAAUAAAGAGUCGCCCCAUGCAGUCACA